CAAAUCAAAUCCUCUCUGCUUCUCUCUGCUUCUCUCUCUCUCCAUCUCUUUCAACGCUCCGUCGCGCAAUCUGCAAUUAUUCUCUCAUCUAUUGAGAGCGCCUCUCUCUCUCUCUCUCCGCCCCCUAUAAAUGGCCGCCUCUUUCCGGGUUUCCCUCCAUCCCCUUGUCUGAUCGGGCGCAAACCCCUUCCUCGUCCCUCGCCCUCGUACCAAGUUUGAAUUUUUUUCUUUUUCCUCCGGUGCCCGGGCUUCCUCCUAGCCGCCUUCCCGUUCGGGGGUCGUCGGCGGCGGCGGCAUGGCGGCGCAGCCCAGCGUCCUCGUCACCGGCGGCUGCGGGUACAUUGGGAGCCACACCGUGCUCCAGCUCCUGCUCGGCGGCUUCCGGGCCACCGUCGUCGACAACCUGGACAACUCCUCGGAAAUCGCCGUCCGGAGAGUCAGGGAGCUCGCCGGCGAGUACGGCCCUAACCUCGACUUCCACAAGAUGGACCUUCGUGACAGACCAGCCCUCGAGGAACUAUUCGCCUCGACAAAGUUUGAUGCUGUCAUACACUUUGCUGGAUUGAAAGCAGUCGGCGAAAGUGUACAGAAACCGCUGCUUUAUUAUGAUAACAAUCUUAUUGGGACAAUUACUUUACUAGAAGUGAUGGCUUCCCAUGAAUGUAAAAAGCUUGUUUUCUCGUCAUCUGCUACAGUUUAUGGCUGGCCUAAGGAGGUCCCAUGCACGGAGGAGUUUCCCCUUUGUGCUACGAAUCCAUAUGGACGAACCAAGCUAAUUAUCGAAGAUAUUUGUCGUGAUGUCUACCGAGCGGAUUCUGAGUGGAAAAUCAUAUUGCUGAGAUACUUCAAUCCCGUGGGUGCAUAUCCCAGUGGCUACAUUGGUGAGGAUCCUCGUGGUAUUCCAAACAAUCUCAUGCCAUAUGUGCAGCAAGUUGCUGUUGGCAGGCGACCUGCCCUGACGGUUUUUGGAAAUGACUAUGCAACAGUAGAUGGUACAGGGGUCCGCGAUUACAUCCAUGUGGUUGACUUAGCAGAUGGACAUAUAGCAGCAUUACGCAAACUCGAUGAAUCUAAUGUCGGUUGUGAAGUGUACAACUUAGGAACAGGUAAAGGAACGUCAGUUUUGGAGAUGGUUGCUGCAUUUGAGAAGGCAUCUGGAAAGGAAAUUCCUCUUGUAAUGGCUGGAAGAAGACCUGGCGAUGCGGAAAUUGUGUAUGCUUCGACAGAGAAAGCUGAGCGCGAAUUGAAUUGGAAGGCAAAGUAUGGGAUUGAAGAGAUGUGUAGGGAUCAAUGGAACUGGGCCAGCCAAAACCCUUAUGGCUAUGGAUCUCCUGAGACGUCAGAUUGAAAGCCGAAAUUACUCAUAUGACCUGCUUUUUAGAUUUACUUUGGACGUUUACCCUAGAGACCUUUGGAGGUAGAUUCUUCCCAUUGUAUCUGCAGAAUCAUUAACCAACGAAGGAUGCAUUGUUCCUUUUCACCUACAUCUCAAGUUCAGUUGGCUGUAUAGUCUAUUGAACAAACUUGACAAAAUUGAUGUACUUUGAUAUUUAUGGGGGGAAAAGCGCAGUACGUACUUCUAAUGCUAUCUUAUGGCAUCAUGCAUUCUCGUGGC